GCUACUGAAUCCCUCGUCCCGCCUCUUCCGUCCCCUUCCGUUUUCCCCUCUCAUUUUUUCUGCAACCAAGACAGCAGAAGCAGAACAGUAACAAGAAGCAGAAGACGAAUAGGAAGACGAAGGGAUUCAAGCUCGGGGAAAGCUAUGACAAUGGCGGUAUUGCCUCGCUCCAUCACGCGAACUCUAGGAGGUAAUCCACUUCCCUGCGUGACCCCGUUGAUUUUCGGCGGCGGCCGCUUGAUCCGCUGCUGCUCCACCGCGGAGCUCAGCAGCAGCAGCGCAAUUUCAAUCGGACGAGAACCUGCGCUCUCGCAAAUCGAUAAGCCCAAGCUGUGCGGUGAAAGUUGCGAGAAGGAGCUUGAAAAUGUGCCGAUGGUGAGUACGGAGUCUGGGUUGCAGUACAAGGAUAUCAAAGUCGGUGGAGGGCCUUCUCCUCCUGUUGGUUUCCAGAUUGUCUGAGGAAUGAAGAAGAAGCAGAGUUGCAGACUCAACAGGGCAGAAACGUUUCUACGUUUCUGCCUUACACUCCAUCCGACAGAGAGAAGAUCCAAAGCGAUGUCGUGGAGGUUCUACUUACCGUUGGGUGGAGUUGAAGAAGGCCAACCGAAUGAAAACACCUGGCAUCG